AUGUCGACAUUUACCAAGUUCGCAAUUGUCGGUGCUGGUGGUGUCGGCUCUGGCGUCGCUGAAUAUCUACUCCAGGCCAAAGCUACCGUGACAAUUCUAACUCGCGAUGAUACCAAGGUUGAGCUCCAAGCAUUCAAGGAGCGCGGGGUAUCUCUCGUGAAAGUGAACUACGACAACGAAGCAUCGUUGAAGGCAGCUCUGACCGGCAAUGAAGUUGUCGUGUGCACGAUUCAUGCGUAUCAUCACUCGAUCCAGUUUGCUGUUGCUCGAGCGGCAAAGGCUGCUGGGCUCCAGCUCUUUUUUGGCAUGGCUGACGAAGAUGGACCGAACAUUACGAAGGAGAAGGUUCGCACACAGCUGAAAGAGCUAGAAUUGCCAUUUGCGCUCUUUCACGGUGGGCUGUGGGCCGAGUACAUUCCAUUCUUCCUUGGGUACAACUUCAAGGAAGGUGCCAUGACUGUUGUUGGGGAUGGCGAUGCGAAGAUGAGUAUCGUCGCCAGAUCGGACCUGUGUCGUUUUAUCGCGCACGUUCUGGUGACAGCGGCUAAAUGCUCAUUGGAGUGGUCGCGGUUCUCUGUUGAGAGUGAUCGCAUGUCCCCGAAGGAGAUUGCUGCGCUUGCUGAGAAGAAACUGGGCAAAAAGAUGGAGCUCAAGCUGGUGAGCUAUGACGAGACCAAGAAGAAGUACGAGACAGAUCCUGUGGCGUACAUCUUGACCCGCGUAGCGGAUGGUCGCUGUGUGUCCGGUACCCUGGAUGAGGCCAAGGACACUGUAGCAAAGUACUACCCGGGCUGGAACCCGACGCCUUACGAGAUGUUCAUCGCGUAAACGAUCUACUUAUGAUCGUAUUGGGUUCUCCAUGCAGUUCAUUACGUCACUAAAACUCCACGCAACACAAAC